ACCGCAGAUCAUGAAAGUUACCACCAACGCAAUGUUGCAGAUCAUUGCUACACCAAAAUUGCACCGGAUGAAGAUCCUGUCGACGCUUUAUUAACUGGGUGUGUCGAAUAUUGUUUCACAAAAUUUGCUUUUACAGGAAUGUGAAUCGUUCAUUCUUAGUUAGUUAAUAAGGAAAUGUCUCAAAGAAGAUUCAGUUCUAUUUCGGAAGAGAUUUCUGAUAGCGAGAAUGAGAAUACUCAAUCCGGGCCUCAACGAGCAAAUGAAACGGUAAAGGCACAUUCUUCACUUUCAUCUCAAAAUACCACCUCCUCUACUAAGGAUACUACAAUUAGUUUGCUUCAAAGGCGUGACAACUUGAAGCAAAUAAUAGCAGAUCUUGAGAAUCAGAUUGAAAGAAAAAGAAAGGAACGGCGUCAGGAAAGCAAAAAUAUUGAGGACUUCAUACAGGAACUGCUUCGUAUUGACACUGCACCUGCUCAAGCACAAACAAAAACACUUCAAGUUCCAGAAACGAGUUUUAACGGAUUUUCUCAAAUACCUAGUGGAGAACAAACUUCAUUACUGGAUGAGCAUACUACAUUGGCUGACUUUCAUCCCGGAAUUAUUCAUCCAGUCAAUGUCUCUUUUCACAAUAUUGUGUUUACAAAGCAUAAUACUGAAGUAGUGGAUGAGGAAAAUACGAAACAUCUCUUAUAUGGUACUUCUCGCGAUUUAACUUGUAUGACAUUUCAAGUUGAAUUAAAUGUCCACACUGCUUCUUGGUCAAUAACGAAUCUUCACACAACUGUUCCGGUCUUUGCACAACCCGAGUUGAAUGAAAUCCUUACACGGUCAGGCAAAUUGUCUGACUUGGUAUGUGCUCUUCGAGCAAUCUCUCUAUUCUCUCUAAUUCAUCGACAACGCUGCUUGACAUGGAUCAACUUGUUAAGAAAACAGAUGUCACAAUCGCAUCAAGUACAGGCACGACUGCAAACAUUUUCAAUAUCAAAUCUUCAUUACACGGUGGAUAUUCAUUGGAUCAUCAAAUUUGACGAGUUUGGGUUUGCAAAGUCUAAAUUUAACGUACAUUCAAGGAGAACGAAUGCUAUAAGAAAAAUAGAACAAAAGAAAGAGCUAAACGUAUUUCACCGACUAAAUAUGAUGCUUCAGAAAGCGAUGAAGUUAUACGGACCCGAGCGCGGAAUAGCCAUCAUCAUAGGAUCCCUUUUUUAAAUAUAUCAACGCUGUGUACUUCUAUCAGGACCCUGUGCUCAGAUUAAUAGUUUCCAACAUUAAAGUAGACAUAUGGGAGGGAAUUAAAAAUAGCGGUCAGUGGAAAGGGGACAUGGAAUCUAAACUUCUUCGAGUUUCACUUUUGGUCUUGGGGGAACAGAUGAAGCUUUCGACGAUCGGAAAACUUCCUUCAACAUUAUAUCCCCCUCAACCUUUGCUCGUUUUUUGUAAACACGCGGCCUCUGGUUUUCAGGCUUCUUCGCACCAUGCGUUUUCAGCUUUAUGUUCAGUGCAGUCGGACCAACAUAUGCAGUGGCCUCUUUCACCGCUGUUUGGCAAUCGCCAGUGACGAUAACGUCACAUAAAUGAUCGAACUCUUUGUUAGGGGGAUCAUGAUUCAUCCAAACAACACUUCCCUUUUGUCUCCUGACAGACAUACUCAUCUGCUUAAUGAUUCGCUUUACUCCGGGAAUUUUACACGAAGUACCGGCGAUGAUAAGACAGUCGGGUUUUGAUUUUAAAUCUUGAGUGCAUACAGAGCCAAUUGCUUCCGAAUCGGGAUGAGAUUCGUUGUAUAGCACUAUGCGAGGCCGUAAACAACCCUCUGCCGUAGAUCGCUUUCCAGCAAUCCUUCGAACUUCGUUGCCUAUUCUGCACUCUGGACAGGCUGUUAAGCCGUCCUUCCCAAAAAAGCUUGGAUCAAACUUUUGAAUGUAACCACACUUCGUACAAGACACCAUUUCAAGCGUUCCAUGAAGUGCGAUAGUAAGCGGCCAAGGCGGGGAAGAUGGAAGGGGGAUACUUGUUUCCAGCCCCUCUAACCGAGUUUCCAGAUAAUCAAUGUUUUGAGUAUACAACCGCAAAAGACGCGAUUCCUUAGCCAGUUUCGCCAAGAAGUAGUGAAAGUCUGUUGGAUUGGCAUUUUUUGAAAGUUCAUACAGCUGCUUAAUCAUUUCAUGGAAGAUAUUAACCGUUUCAAUGUUCUUCCCAAAAGAUGUUAGCCUUAAUCCAAUAAUGAUACACGACCAACUGGUCUUUGAACUUACCCUGUAAACGGAAUUAUCAAACAUUUCCUUUCCGGAGAACGAGAUCCCGUAUUCUGAGCGCAGUGUUUUGAAAAGUCCAGUGGAUGAACGAAAGUCGGGAAUUCCUGCUUGACAUGAAAUACCAGCCCCUGUAAAGAUGUGAGAAACAGAAAAACACAUAAUUGUUCAACGCAAUUCGAAGUUGAGAAAAAUCCAAGUUGUCUAAUACUUUUACCAAUUAUACAAAAACAACAGUCCAAUUUCACCCAAACAAAGUAAUAAGCUCGUUGUCCAGACAAAUUGGACCUUUCUCCUCUUCGUUUCACUUCACAAUGGAUUUACAUACCAGUGAUUACGACAAUUCGUUUUGACUUUUGUAAGACGCUUGCCAAUGGCUGUAUAUCAUACCCUGGGAGGCCCAAAUCAAUAAGAAAGCGAGUUUGUUUUGGCACAUUUUUAGUCGAUUGUUUGGCAUUUCCGACAGCCUUUCUUUUUCGGGAAACCGUAGCUUUCGGACCCCCCUUUACAGGAUUUAAUAAAGAGGAAAUGGUCGGAUUGCUCAUUGUUCGUGCCGACCCAGGUAAUGGUAAAGAGAACGUUGUAAAAUUGUCCGCCGCGGAGUACAGCCAGGGCUCUUAUUCAGCGCCCACGUGUUUCAAAGACGACAAUAUGUUGUAGGUUUUUGUUGUGUGGGGUGAUAACUCUAUUUAUUUACUCCUUAGAUAACAUUGGAUAAUCGUAUUUAAAUUAAGGCAAUAUACUGAAC